GACAAAACCCUCCGUCUGUCUAGCUACACACUCACCAGUGGAGAAAUGACAACAGGCCAGAUUACCAACUUUAUGUCCGUCGAUGCUCAGAAUAUCAAGAUGAUGUAUGAAUAUGUGCACCACAUUUACUCCGUACCAAUCCAGGUCACUGUCUUGCUUGUCAUGUUGUAUUUCAACCUUGGAGUAGCUGCGCUAGUGGCAUCCUGUUGUUUUGUCAUCGGGGCUCCCAUUCAGUACAAACUGGCCAAAAUGCAGGCCAGUGUGAAAAAGAAUGCACUGAGAAUUUCUGACGAGCGCCUCAAGCAGACGCACGAGAUGCUCCAAGGGAUGAAGCUGAUCAAGCUGUAUGGAUGGGAGAAGAUCUUCUCUGAGGUCAUCACAUUCGUCCGUGCAAGAGAGAUCAAACAGCUGACCAAGGCAGCUGUCCUGUAUUCACUUUCCAAUUUCCUGAGUUUUACAACCCCAGCUCUUGUCACACUUCUGGGUUUCAUCCUGUAUUCAAGUUUCACUGGUUUACAGUUGACCCCAGCCGUAGCGUUUACCACACUGUCCAUUGUAAAUCAGAUGCGAAUGCCAAUACGAAUGAUACCAAGGACAACAAAUUUGGUGGUAAGUGCUCAUGUCAGUGUGAAGCAAAUCAAGCGCUUCUUCUUAGCUGACGAGAUUGAGACCAUUGAAGAUGCACCUCUGAAUGCCACACCAGAAGCAGAUGGGGACCAGCUAAGUGUGACUAUCAUGACACCAGACCCCGGGAUUGAAAUGGAAAACAUGGACUCAAAUGAAGGAAUACACGGCGUAGUGAAUCCAACUUUUGAUGUUGAGGAGAUGUUGGAGGUUGAGGUAAAGGCUGUACAGUCCAGAGACCUCGGUAGUGCUCAAAAUGGUCAAUUGUUGACGUCAAUUCCUCAAUUGCCAGAGGAUAUAGCAAUUAAGGUCACAAAUGGGACAUUUUCUUGGGAUUCUGGGACUACCUCUACACUGAAGGACAUCAAUGUUGAGUUUCCAAAAGGCAAACUGACUAUGAUUGUCGGCCAGGUUGGUGCAGGGAAGUCGUCGUUGCUGUCCGCACUGCUUGGUGAAAUGCACACUCUUGCUGGGACUGUACAGUUUAACAAAAAGGAGAAAGGCGUAGCCUACUCUGCCCAACGUGCCUGGCUGCUGAAUGCCUCCCUCAGAGACAACAUCCUCUUUGGACAAGAGCUGGAGUCCGAAAAAUACCAGGCGGUAGUGUCUGCCUGCUCCCUUCAGCCGGAUAUCAACAUCCUGCCCGGCGGGGAUCAGACAGAGAUUGGAGAGAAGGGAAUCAACCUGAGUGGAGGGCAGAAGCAACGAGUCAGCGUAGCCAGGGCCAUCUAUAGCCACCAUGACAUUGUCAUAUUGGAUGAUCCCUUGUCGGCUCUUGAUGUCCACGUGGGCACUCAGCUGUUUGAAGAAGGGAUACUGGACUUACUGUUGGAGAACCAUCGCACUGUGGUACUGGUCACUCAUCAGGUUCAGUACAUCAAGUAUGCUCAUAAGGUGCUGGUGAUGAAAGAUGGCCACAUCGCUCUCCAGGGAACCCCAGAUGAAGUCUGGAAGGCUGAUCCUGAGCUGAAGAUCUCCCGCAUCAUGACGGCCGAGUCGGACAUCUCUGAACCAGAGGAAGAGAGGAAACUGCUACAGAAAGCUGUAGAGGAACUGAAGAAAGAAGAGCAAGGAAUUGAUGCAGAAGAGGAGGGCACCUUGAUGAGCAAGGAGGAACGUGAGAAGGGCGCCAUCUCUUGGCGAGUGUUUCUCUUCUAUAUGCGGGCCAUGUCGUACCCCCUGGCCUUCCUAGCUCUGUCCAUCAUGGUGGCCUACAAUGGCAUGAUUGUUGGAACUGACUUCUGGCUUUCGGCAUGGUCAGAGGCUGGAGACAGGCUGGAUCUGGAGAAUGCGACAGACCAAGAGAUUAGCGACACACAGACAUAUUACAUCGGUGGCUACACAGGCCUUGCCCUGUCCUCAGCUGCCCUUUCCUUCAUGUCUGCAGUCAUGUUUUUUGUUGCCGGGCUUUUGGCGGCACGCCAGCUCCACAGAAGGAUGCUGAACGUCAUGUCCAGAGCCCCCAUGCGUUUCUAUGACACCACUCCAAUUGGACGCAUCCUGAACAGAUUCUCAAGUGAUAUCCACACUGUUGACGAUAUGCUUCCACAAAAUGCCAUCUUUAUGGCUGAAGUGACUUUCAAAUGCUUGUCGGCCAUCGUCGUCAACACCAUCGUCACGCCGUUUUUCCUUCUUGCAAUUCUGCCCGUCGCUGUUUGCUACCUGCUGCUGCAACACUAUUACCUGAGAACCUCAAGGGAGCUACAGAGGCUUGACAGUAUCACCAAGUCACCGAUCUAUGCCUAUUUUUCUGAAACCUUGAGUGGACUGUCGACCAUUCGAGCAUACAAGGAUGAGGAACGAUUCCAGAAGAAUAUCUUAGAUGCAAUUGAUAGGAACGUCCUGGCAGUUCUCAACCUGAACACCUGUAACCGGUGGCUGGGAGUGAGACUGGAUUUCAUCGGCAGCCUGAUUGUCCUGCUUGCUGGCUUGACUAGCCUCACCGUUGCCGUCACCUCAUCAACGUUAGCACCAAGCUACGUUGGGCUGGCCCUGUCGUAUGCACUGUCUGCAUCUUUUUACUUAAACUGGUUCAUCCGGUCGUCGGCCAUGGUAGAGAUGCAGAUGAACGCUGUGGAACGCAUCAAGCACUACUGCGAGGUUCCUACUGAGAAUUACGAAGGCGAGCUGCCCAAUCCAUCUUGGCCAGAAGAGGGUGCAGUUGCCAUGGAUACCAUAUCAGUGCGCUAUGCCAAGAACCUCGACCCCGUACUGGAGAGUUUAUCACUUGACAUUAAAGCAGGACAAAAGAUUGGUAUAUGUGGCAGAACAGGAAGUGGAAAAUCUUCUCUCACUCUGGCCUUGUUUAGAAUCGUAGAUACAUUCAAAGGCAAAAUUGUGAUUGACAGCGUGGACAUUGCAUCCUUGCCGCUGGAUCAUCUCCGACAGAAACUGUCCAUUAUUCCUCAGGAUCCCAUCCUCUUCACUGGCACAAUCAGGUUCAAUUUGGACCCACUGGGUCAGUGCAGCGAGGAGGAGCUGUGGAAUGCCCUGGAGAUAGCACAGCUCAAGGCUACGGUGUCUGAGAUAGGCCAAGGAUUAGAAUCCCAGGUCUCAGAAGGGGGUGAGAACUUCAGUGUGGGCCAACGCCAGUUGUUUUGCCUGGCCCGGGUCCUGCGGAAGUCACGCAUCCUCAUCAUGGAUGAGGCGACAGCAUCCAUCGACAUGGAAACGGAUAACAUUGUUCAGAAAGUCGUGGCUGAGGAGUUCAAGGAUCAAACGAUACUUUCUAUAGCUCACCGAGUAACAACCAUUCUGAAUUCAGACUGCAUUCUGGUACUCAAUGAGGGCACUGUAGCUGAGUACGACACGCCUGAGAACCUCCUGGCUCGGGAGGACAGCUUGUUUGCAUCGCUCGUCAGCAGUGCUCACCAGUAAUUCAGUGUUGGUGCCAACUAUGGAGGUUCGGUAUAAACUACACAGAAUCUUGUUGGGUGUGGCAUAGAGGCCAUGUAGAGGGUCAACCUAUUAGGACACAAGCAGGGUGUGUUAACAAAGCUGGAUGCCACAACAGUAACAAAAGGCACUGUUAUACUCUGUGUUUCUGACUUUGGCUUAUAGGGACUUCCGCAUAGUCUUCAUAGCCUCUGCAGAGGAAGCAAAACUGUUUAGAGAUUGGACAUGCUCUGCAAAACUUGGACUAAAACCUAACUAUUGAGUUCUCUGGAUAAAUGGAAAGAUAACUUUUACUUUGGUGUAUAAUAAACCUCUCUACUACAACAGUUCUGUUAUGUCUUGUUCUGUUUUUCCGAAAAUUAUCGACAAAUGUCACUGGAGAAAACAAGCUUUGAAAAAUAUUACAAACUACAAUAAACAGAAGAAAUGUUCUUGUUUAACCUUGAAUUAUGCAAUUCUUUGUGUGUCAGUAACUUAUAAAAAUGUCAAACAUAAAAAAGAUCAAACCAAACCAAACCCAUCGAACCAUAAUCCAGACAGUUAAGUUGGAAUCCCAUAUGCCUGACACCAGACCGGCUUUUCUGGUGUGAGCCUUCCAUGUCAAGAUGCUUUGGUUUUGUAGCAUAUUCCUAUGUAUUCGUUGCUGGAGUAUAAGAGUGAUCACAGCGAUGAGAUUCCAUUAGAUGACGUAUUUUUAUGUAUACCAUCUCACAGUACUGAAAUUUUAAGUUAAUCUCAGGUAAUAAUAUAAUUUGUUUUAUCAUUUGUAUACAUAAAAAUUAUUUAGAGUUUCAUUUAUUAACAUGGCUGAUUCUUGCUGUGGAAGGCCUGUAAAUAAAAAACAAAUCUCUGAAGACAUUAUAUUUGUAACUUUGUUUCUUUUGUAAC